ACAGUUUUUAUAGUUGAUUAACUCUAUUUUCAACCAUAGUGUCAUGGGUCACUCGAUAGACGAAAAAGUUCAUAUAAACUGGUGUUAAAUUAUAUGAAUGCGGCGAAUACCAAGGGUGGGUGUGGGUGUGUUUUAUCAGGCCUCGCAGCCGUACUACUUUCCUGAUUUUUUCCUGAUUUUUUAAAAACGUCCUGUUUUUCCUGUUUUUGACCGAAAAUCCUGAUUUUUUCCUGUUUUUGACCGAAAAUCCUGAUUUUUUCCUGAUUUUUCAUGAUUCAUCCCAAUAGGGGCUAUAUAUACUUGAUCAUGACAUGUUGUAUUUUUAUUUUAAUUAGUUUAUUUUCAAAAUGCACAUAAAAAAAACAUUGUAGAAAAUCUUCAACAAAAAUAAAACAAUAUACAGUCGAGGACAAUUGAAAUUAUACCUUUUGAUUUUUUUGUUUUUUGUGACUAUACGUUUUUAUCUAUUAACUUACUAUAUAUAGGAAGAAAGCCCAGAACUUGCUGUAUCUUUUGAUAUAUUUACUUUGAACAUUAAAUGCAGUUUAAAACGUAAAAACUAUAUUAGAAAAAAAUAUUCUUUUUCUUCCAAUACACUUUUUACAUUUCAAACUGCAUUUGAUGUUCAACGUAAAUAUACCAAAAGAUAUAGCAAGUUGGGUGUGUGGGUGUGUGGGUGUGGGUGUGGGUGUGGGUGCGUUGUGGAUGUCACUCAUCUCUCAAUCCGUACGCACACGCACACCCGCAUUCACACCCUAAAAGUUUAUGAUGUUAUAUAUAGAUUCUGUUGUUACUUGUUCAUAUUUGUCAAGGGAAUUUAUAUAAUUUCUGGUUAUCUUUUCGAUUGUACCAUCAAGUUUUGGUAUAUAGGGUGAUAAUGGUCGUAUAAUGAUCGAAAAUUUCCAUUUGGCGAUCUUUUUUGUUUCAUAUUAUAUACUAAAUAAAACUUCUUGCUACAUUUAAAAUUUUCUUAUAUUGUUACGAUCCAAAAAAGCUCACAUCUCUAAAAAUUUUCUUGCUCUAAACAAAAUGUUUUUAUUUGUAUUGGACACUAAGACAACACACCUAACAAAGACGAAAAAUUUUUUUUGGAAGUUUGUUCCUACAAAUAGUUAUCGCCAAAGCAUUAUAGUAACGCACUCAUCGAUUUUUUCGAACUUCCUAAAAACGCUGAUUUUUUUUGUAGCUUUAACAACAAUAAAAGGUAAUCCAUUCGUGUCAAACAUUAGUUCAAUCAUAGAUGAUACUACUAUGAUUUUCAUUUUUUUAAAUGAUAAAGUAGUGUUUGAAAUAUGAUAAGAGAUAAUAAGACCUUUUUUUCGUCAUAUUUGCACAAAAAAUACUUGAUUUUGGCUAAUGAUUACCAUUUACUCUCUUCUUUAUUCAAACCAAAUGACAUCUAUCGAUAGGGAAUAUACAAAAACUUCUAAACAAUUUUUGAAUGAAGAAGAUCAAUUGCAUCAUGUUCGAGAAAUCUUCAACUCAACAUUGGCCAAGAUUGGUCCUUUUUUAGAUGUACAGACUGCUUAGUUCUUGCACUUUUUUUAUCACUCUCCGGAUCUUGAUGUUAAUGAGCUACCGUUGUGUAUGAUAUGAAUCACCAUGAUGCAAGAAAAAACAAGCCAGAAAAAAGAGAAAUGAUUUACAUGCUUACUGAAAAUGCGCACUGUGAAAGGAUGAAAUACGCAUGUGACCAUGUGAAAAAGAGAAGAAUGAUCAACCUGGUAACAUUAUUUUUUUCGUUACACUUGAAUAAAUAAGCAAAUACGAUCAUUUUGAUGUUUACAGGUAAGUAUCAUAAUACCACCAAAAAAAUGUGACUACCGCUUACAAUACAUACGAAAAAAGUAAUGUGUAGUUGUACAGGCAAGUAUUAUGUGGUCUAUCGAUCGUAUAAGAUCAAAAGUUAUUGUUAUCUAUCUUAGAAAGUGAUGGGCUCGUAUGGCGAUCCUUAUCGUCGAACGACGACAAAUUUCCAUCUGAUGCUGUUCUUAUUGAUGGUAGUGAAGACGAUUCAUUACAGAUGAAACAAAUGUAUAUUGGUGCUGUCAAUUUGCAACAAUGCAGUUGCCAUGGUCCUGUGGGCGACGUAGCAGUGGGCUAUGUAAAACGUCAUCGUAUAGGUAAGACAGAAAAGUUCACAACGAUUGUUUCCUAUGCUUACGGUACUAAAGCAAUCAAAGCCGAUGCCAACGACUGUAUGCUAAGAAUCUUAACGAAUCCAACUGGUUUAAAACUACUUUGGCUACCUGGUAAAGAAGGGCAGGUGCCAAAAAAUGCCGUUGGGUAUUCAUAUCUCGAUGAUGAAACUUCACGUGUAGUUCAUAUUGCACGUACAACCGAUAGUAAAAUUAUUGGUAAAAUGCAUCCACAUCAACGAUGUUUAUAUUUUCCAAAUUUUGAAAAAAAUAUCGAAGAAAAAAGAAGUGAAUACGAAAUAUUAUGUGUUGCUAAUGAAUAA